CCUUUUAAAAAAGCUUGUGAAAAUAGAUGCUGUGAAGUUCAUGCUACAAAAUCAUAUGAGUAAACACUUUCCAUUCUUGGGUGUCAAUGAUAAUUAUGGUUUGACCGAUCUUAGAUGCAGAACAACCUUCUAUACUGCUCUUACACGUCUCCUCAUGGUAGAUUUGGGAGAAGAUGAGGAUGAGUUUGAAAACUUCAUGCUUCCCCUGACAGUUUCAUUUGAAACCUUAGCCCAGAUAUUUAACAAUAGCUUUAAGCAAGAGGAAGCAAAGCGUAUGUUGAUCGGACUGGCAAGAGAUCUUCGAGGGAUUGCCUUUGCUCUGAACACAAAGACCAGCUACACCAUGCUGUUUGACUGGAUCUACCCAUCAUAUCUGCCCAUUCUUCAAACAGCUGUUGAACUGUGGUAUCGUGAACCAGCAUGUACAACUCCAAUCUUGAAGCUUAUGGCUGAGAUGAUGCAAAACAGAUCUCAGCGUUUAAAUUUUGAUGUGUCAUCUCCUAAUGGAAUUCUCCUCUUCAGGGAAGCUAGUAAGAUGAUUUGCACUUACGGUAAUCAGAUCCUAUCUCUUGGGACUUUGUCAAAGGAUCAGAUUUAUCCAUUGAAACUCAAGGGUAUUUCCAUCUGUUACUCUGCACUCAAAUCUGCCUUAUGUGGAAAUUAUGUCAGCUUUGGCGUCUUCAAGUUGUAUGGGGACAACCACUUUGACAAUGUACUUCAGGCCUUUGUCAAAAUGCUGCUUUCAGUAUCCCACUGUGACUUGCUACAAUAUAGAAAAUUGAGUCAAUCUUAUUACCCACUUUUGGAGUCUCUAGCUCAGGAUCAUAUGAGUUUCAUCACCAGCUUAGAGCCACAUGUACUAAUGUAUAUAUUUACAUCGAUAUCUGAAGGACUAACUGCACUUGAUACGAUUGUCUCCUCUAGCUGUUGUGCAAGUUUGGACUACAUCGUUACCUAUCUCUUCAAGCACAUAGCAAAAGAAGGAAAGAAACCCCUGAGAAUCAGGGAGGUUUCCCAAGAUGGGCAAAGAUUACUGCAUUUCAUGCAGCAAAAUUCUGAGGUGCUGCAGCAGAUGAUGUCUAUCCUUAUGAACACUAUAAUUUUUGAGGAUUGUAGAAAUCAGUGGUCUGUAUCAAGACCACUCUUGGGUCUCAUACUCCUCAAUGGAAAAUACUUCAGUGAAUUAAGGGCAAGUUUGAUAAACAGCCAGCCUUCUGAAAAGCAAGAGUUCCUUCAUCAGUGCUUUAGAAACCUAAUGGAAGGAGUCGAGCAAAACCUGCUGGUAAAAAACAGAGACAGGUUCACACAGAAUAUGUCCAUCUUCCGCAGAGAUGUGGCUGAAACCUUGCGUUGUGAGGGUGUAUCAGAAUCAAGCAGUACAGAAAUGAUGAGCUGAUACAAAGCUGGAAAUGUGUUUAAAUAAUAAUGAACAAACAUUGAAGUUGGGUACCGUUCUAUAUUGCUGGAUAGAUUUUGAUUUUCAUAGAAAAUAUUUUCUAAAAACUGCCUUUUUAUAUCUUGGGCAUAAAUGUAAGGAUUUGUAACACUGGGAACAAUCUAAAAACAAAUGUAACAUAAAGAACCAUGUUGCAUUUCCUUAUCCAGACUUCCAACUCUUUUUCUUAGUUACAUGGUACAGAAACAGAGGUUAACCAAAGAACAAAAUAAUAUAUGUAUUUCUCCCCCUUUGAAAUGGCAGCUGUUGAGAUUUUCAGUUCCAAAAUUCAAUUAAUGCAGUUUCUCAAAAUUCCUUUGAAGGGCAGUGAUAAUAUCAUCCAUUUCUCUCACAUUUUUAUUCAAGUCUUCGGAAUGACUGAAAGCAUAAUUUUGCAACUAAAUGGCUAGGUGUACCCCCCCUUUUUUUCUAAAAAAAAAAAAAAAAGUUAAUCGUAAAUACACUGUCAAUAAGAAAAAUAUUAACAGAAAGAAAAUUUCUUGACCUAAAUAAAAAUGAAAGUGCUGAAAUUGGUACUUUAUAAAACUUACAAAUGGGAAUACAUGCUUUAGUAGAAUAUUAAUAAAAUGUUGUUUCACACACAUGCAUCUCAGGUGUUUCAUUCUAGGAAAAAUGUUGUGUUUUAAAUGGUAAAACAUUGUAUGAACAGGCUGUAAAUCAUUUGCUACUAUAAACAGCCACCCAAUAAAUGCAUAACACUC